AUAAACCCCUGGCCACAAGUGUUUUGAGAGUUAGUCUGACUGUGGCAGGAGAGCAGAGAAGAGAGGUCCCAGUCCUAUGUCCUAUGUCCUCGACCUGUACAGAUAUAUUGAGGGCUCCAUGUUGCGACCAAGGGAACACAGUGAUGAAUCGGCCGACAAGAGGCCUUCUGAUGGCUCUGCUUCUCCCUCUCUGGAUAAGAAGAGGCUGAUCAGAAGAGUGAGGAGUCCAUCCAGACCGAGGGCGUGGCUGUCUAAUUCUUACAAACCAAAAUUUGGGGCGCGAGUCCAAAGACGGGAGGACCACUUCUACAAACCUGGCUUUGCAAACCAGAAGUACCAACACUUAAACCACCGGGGUAACUUUCACCGGAGGGGUCAUUUCCAUCCUAAACUUCACCAAGCCUCACAGAGGGAACGGGAGGAGAAGGAGCGGUAUGAGCCGAGAGAAAGCGGUGAAGGCGGUUCACCUUCAAAACAAAACACAAGCAGAUCGUUCUUACCCAGACCCAGCUCCAGCAGGGACAAGGACCCGCAGUUUGUUUAUCCGAGCGAGAGGAGCCAAAGCCGAGAGAGCAAAGAAAGAGAACGCAGCAGAGAGAGGGAGCUCCCUUCAACUGCGAGCCAUACGGCGACACGAGACAGAGCCAUCCAACACAAGAGGAGGGAGAUAGAUGAGGUGUAUUAUCAGGAAUGUGAAAUGUUUGGCCUUGUGGCAAAGAUGCUGAUCGCCAAGGAUCCGACGCUGGAGCAGUCCAUUCAGUCGGCGCUGCAGGAGAACCUCAGGGACAUCGGCAAGCGCUGUGUGGAGGGCAUGGAGAAAUUCAUCGAGGAGUACGACUCCAAGGAGCUUCCUCUCUAAUCAGAGUCACAGACGUCCCAUCAUUGAUCCUAUUGUUGAGAAUCUUCUAUUGUGUGAUUGAACGCUGCUCUUGCAGUUUGUUUUUGUGUUUGCUUGCAGAACUUUAAUAUGUUUGUACAUUGUUGUAUGCUGUCUGGCCUUAUGGUGAGCAGCACUGGUAAACUGUGAUAAUAAUUCGGACCUUUGAUUUUAUGUUUGAUAAUUAUAGUGAAAGAAUACACUGGUUGUAUCACUUAAAGUGUGCUUGUAAAGAAGUCAAAACAUUUAUUUUGACAUGUAAAACUUGCUUUUCAGAAUAGUAAAUUGUAUUUACAUGAUAAUAAACAUGUGGUUUGAAAAUAC